ACUGGAGAGAAACCGUAUCAGUGCUCACAGUGUGGGAAGAGCUUCAGGUUCCAGUGUCGUCUCAAAAUACACCAGCGCAUUCACACUGGAGUGAAACCAUAUCAGUGCUCACAGUGUGAGAAGAGUUUUAAUCAACAGAGUAAGCUCAAAAUACACCAGCGCAUUCACACUGGAGAGAAACCAUAUCAGUGCUCACAGUGUGGAAAGAGUUUUAAUACAAAGAGUGAGCUCAAAAUACACCAGCGCAUUCACAGUGGAGAAAAACCAUAUCAGUGCUCACAGUGUGGAAAGAGUUUUAAUACAAAGAGUGAUCUGAAAAAACACCAGCACAUUCACACUGGAGAAAAACCAUAUCAGUGCUCACAGUGUGGAAAAAGUUUUAAUCAACAUAGUGCUCUCAAAAGACACCAGCACAUUCACACUGGAGAGAAACCGUUUCAGUGCUCACAGUGUGGAAAGAGUUUCAAUACAAAGAGUGAUCUCAUAACCCACCAGCGCAUUCACACUGGAGAGAAACCGUAUCAGUGCUCACAGUGUGAAAAGAGUUUUAAUACAAAGAGUGAGGUUAAAAUCCACCAGCGCAUUCACAGUGGAGAGAACCCGUAUCAGUGCUCUCAGUGUGGGAAGAGUUUUAAUCAACAGAGUCAUCUCAAAAUCCACCAGCGCAUUCACACUGGAGAGAAACCAUUUCAGUGCUUACAGUGUGGGAAGAGUUUUAAUCAACAGAGUCAUCUUAAAAUUCACCAGCGCAUUCACACUGGAGAGAAACCGUAUCAGUGUUCACAUUGUGGGAAGAGUUUUAAUCAACAGAGUGCUCUCAAAACACACCAGCGCAUUCACACUGGAGAGAAACCGUAUCAGUGCUCACAGUGUGGAAAGAGUUUUAAUACAAAGAGUGAGGUUAAAAUACACCAGCGCAUUCAGACUGGAGAGAAACCAUAUCAGUGUUCAGUGUGGAAAGAGUUUUAAUACAAAGUGUGAGGUUAAAAUACACCAGCGCAUUCACACUGGAUGGAAACCGUAUCAGUGCCUAC